AUGACCGAGAUGAAUGUUUCCUGGAUACCUACUGCUUUGGAAACCAAGCCAUUCUCACUCGACAGUGGACAAUAUACAGCCCUGGCCUUCUUCCUCGCCAUCUGCGUCCCACAGGCACCCCAUGGGACUGCACUUCGCUAUGGACUAUUUUUUCUCCAAACUACCUGCGCAGUACAGGCAUUCAUUGCUCCGCCACCUCCAAUAGUAGACCGGGCAAUCCUCUACUCCUCGGGCGUGCUCAUGGGCAACAUGUUAGCACGCUACUUUGACCGACUAUAUACGACCGUCCCAGAGAAGACAUUCCACCGCGUUAUCGACCAAACCCCCGAAGAUGCAGCCAGGCUUCCAGCACCCGAGCGCCUUUUCUGGGCCCUGGAACUUUUCAGUGUUACGCGUGGGAUUGGCUGGAACUGGCGCGUCGGCGGCAUUCCCAAGUCUCCAGCGCCCACAACCAGAUUCCAAUUCGUGGGAGCCCAACUCAUCACAUGGAUUGCCAUGUACACGGGUCUACAUCUCUUUAAUGUGACCGGCCAGCUCGUCUUGUCAAACCAACAUGCCAUCCCGUCGCUCGUCGACAAUUUGCAAAUCUAUGCCUUGAUAGUGGGCGGCUGUGCCAUGACAAUAUAUAGCCAUUUCGGUAUUCUCAUGCUUCCGCUCUCGGCUCUCUGCGUCGGCCUCCAAGUUGGCCCUCGCUCGUGGCGCGAUGCUGCCUCCUGGCCACCGAAUUUCGCUAGCGUGAACGAAGCAUACAGCAUUCGCCGCUUCUGGGGAUACACCUGGCACCAGCAGCUGCGACGACAGGCAGCUGCGCCCGGUGAAUAUCUCAUCAGCGUGCUGCCUAGCAGUGUGAGGAUAUCUAAACGGACAUCUGUUCGGCUGGGGAGACGGUACUCACUCCUCUUGAUGAGCUUCUUCGUUUCGGGAUUGAUUCAUGCGUGUGGGUCAUACCAAGUGACACGAGCGCUUGGCCUACCCUUGUCGGAUGGCGGAGAAAUAAAGUACUUUGUGUUACAGGGGGUGGCAAUUAUAGCUGAGGAUUUGGGGUGUUGGGUAUUUGGUGUUGAUGAUCGAGUAACAAAGCCUGGCGGGCUGCGGCUGUGGGUAGGAUAUGCGACCACGCUGUCUUGGUAUGUCUGGAGUCGCGUGCAACUGAAGGGCAUACCGGUCGCGCUCGGGAUUGGGAUUCAUCAUGAGAGGGGGGACUUGCUGGCUGCGUUGGAGCACGUUCGACAGUCUGCUGCAGCGGUGCCAGGCAAUUUCGUGGCCAGGGGGUGGGAGCUGAUUCGGUGA